AUGGCGACGGGGACGACGACGCGGGCGUCGACGCGCGCGACGCCCGCGCGGGCGGCGAACGCGGGCGAACCGACGUCGGACGCGCGCGUGCGUCGCGCGCGCGCGGCGGCGGCGUCGUGCGCGCUCGCGCUCGCGCUCGCGCCGAUGCGAGAGGCGAGGGCGGGAACGAUGUACGUGGGCGCGGGCGACGCGGCGUUCCUCGAGCGCGAGUACGUCGAUCUGCGGUACGCGGGGGUGGAAGAGGUCGUUCCGGGGGUGAUGGAUGGACGACGAGGGGUGCGGGUGACGUACGAUGACUCGAAGAUGACGUUUGAGACGUUGAUGCGGACGUACUGGCGACACAGCGAACCGACGGCGGAGGAGCUCAAGAUGGGGCCGGAGUACGCGCCGGUGAUUUACGCGGCGACCGAGUCGGAGAAGACGAUCGCGGAGACGGCGCGGGCGAAUUUAGAGUCGUCGAAGAUCUUCGGGGAUAAGCCUCUGACGGUUGAGGUGAUCGCGGGGACGCCGAAGACGUUUGAGGAAUCGGACGCGCGAGACGCGUUGAAAGUAAACCCAAAAAAGUAUGAGAAGUUAAACGCGAAACGAGCGGCGAGGUACAAAGAGUUAUGGGGUUUCGUGCAGUUUUGCGCCGACCGUGUGUGCGGAUACGUGCGUUUCGCGCCGAAGUGCGUCGGUAAGUGUCUCGCGGUCUUCCCGGAAUACGAGGCGCGAAACGCGGGGAUCCCAGAGUUGGGUGGUAAGAACAUCAAGAUUACGUCGAAGUGA